AGCAGUAGUGUGCAGUAGUGUGUUAUUUAUAUUGCAGGAAUAAUACACUAUCUCAGUCCUAGAAGUUUUUGGAGCGAUUAUUUUGCAAAGUGAGACACGUGAGAGUACUGCUCGAUGGACAAAAAUGUCGAAGGAUUCAGAUCACUCAGAUGUCAGUUUUAACGCGAUGAAAUCAAUGGCUUUAGCUGUACCGCCAGACUCGCCAAAAAAGCCUGUGAAAUCUACAGCAGUGGUGAAAUAUUCUGCAGUUCAAACGCCAGCAACAUACGCUCAGCUCCAAUGCAACACAGACUUGAAUCUUCCACCUAGCAACUGGCUGAGCAGUUCCGCGGAGAGUUACGGUUUGCAGAAUGUCUGGUCUCAGAGUACAGGAUUCUCCAGUUUUCGCAUGGCGCACAUGUUUCCCGAUUGUGUUGGCGAAGUGGACGUGGUAUCAGAUGCAGAAAACAUAAAAAAGUUACUUAAACUGCCUUACAAUCAUGGAAUGAUCUCGAUGAUGGUACAUCGUAUUGAAAACACAUUGCUGCUAGAUGACUUUGAUAUACACAAGUAUCUGCUGAGGCAAGCUGAAAGUGACUGGGAAUGGCUGAAGAAGUUUUUCUAUGAACAUAUUUUUCAAAAUCUUGGCGACAAGGAAAAACGUCUUUUUCAUAAAGCAUACAGUAGAAAUAGUUUACAGCAAAGAAAUCUAGUCUCUAAGUUUCUGUAUCAUUCUAUAGUACUGGCGGAUACUAACAAACAAAAUGAGAAACCUCAAUUACCUGUGAAAACGUUAGAACCCUGUUUACCUGAGCCAACACAAGAAGAGAAAGUACCUGAUCCAAACUAUAAUCAUAAUUUUGCGAGAAAUGUUGUAUGGACAUUCGAGAACAUACAGAUGCUUAUUGGAACAGACAUGCCGAUAUUCGGCGGUCAGACCCAUCCAUGUAUAAGCUUACGUCUAAGAGACAUGUCCAAGCCUAUCAAUGUUUUAACAGGGAUAGACUAUUGGUUAGAUAAUUUAAUGUGUAACGUUCCGGAAGUGGUGAUGUGCUAUCAUUUGGAUGGUAUCGUGCAAAAAUAUGAACUGAUAAAGACGGAAGAUCUGCCAAAUAUGGAUGACUCAAAGUUUAGCCCUAAAGUGAUCAGAGACGUCGCUCAGAAUAUAUUGAGUUUCCUAAAGAAUAACGCGACGAAGGCUGGACAUACUUAUUGGUUAUUUAAAGGUAAGGAUGACGACGUUGUAAAGCUGUAUGAUUUAACAUCAUUGUGCAGUGACGUUUCGGAAGAGAAAGGACAGAACCCCUUUACCGUGCCUGUUGCAAUGUUAUUGUACAGAGUAGCUCGCAACAUGAAGUACUCUCCUGACUAUCAUCGUUAUCAGAGUACAAUUAGAAUGUUGCUGAAAAAUUGUGUUGAAUUACUGGCCAGAGAGAAGUAUCCGCAGAUUGUUACAUCCGCGCAUUUCAUGCUCUCGGAUUUGUAUAUACCGUCGGACACAGAUCCAGCUAGUCCAGGCUUAUCGGAUCAAAGCGACGAGGAAGACACCCAUAGUGAAUAUAGCACGAAUCAAGAGAACGAAAAGGAAGAGGAAGAACAGAAGGAGGAAGAGGAGACUUGCGCGGCGAUUAAAUCUUUGACCCUAGCUAACAUGAAGGAACAAACAGAACGCGAGCAACCAAAAUAUAAGGCGCCACCGAUCUCUGGCACGAUAGAAGAGAGAUGUUUAUCCGGAUUGGAGCACGUUACUUAUGGACUCGAGUGCCUUCGGUAUUUUCCAACCGAGGACAACAGCGACGAGGAGCAAAAGAAAGCGGAGGAACUUGAGAAGGAAAAACGCAAGUAUGAAGAGAUGCAUCCGAAUGUGGCGAAACCUUUUCAAGCGAUUCCCAUGCCUUACGCCCCAUUAAAUCAGCAAAGCCAGGACGAUAUGCCGGAAGAAGAAUCAGAGAAUUAUAGUCCCAUACACAAGAAGAAAAAUAAGCAAAAGAAGAAGAAGAACGAGAAGAACAUUACGAAGGAAAUAGCGAGCGAAAACGCUUUAUUGUGCAAACCUAAGGUAGAGACACUACCCACGUGGCAGGCGCCGAAAAAGAGCGAUAAUAUUUGCUGGCGCGCUCACUUGAAAACGCUGUUAUACGAGAAGGCUUCGUUGAUAUUUGCCGUGCUCGCCGAGAAAGAAUAUGUGAAUAAGAAUUACGGCGCCUCUUUGCGAUACAUGCUGGCAGUAUUGUACUGCCAAAAGAUACUGGAAAUUUUCUGUGGCGUAAGGAAUGACAAAUCGAUCAGUUAUCUGUUAGGUCGCGCAGGAGAUUGUUGUUUUAUGACCGUGCAGGAUUGGUGCAACGUGGAGAAACAUAAGAAAGAUUACGAGACGAAGAACGAAACGGAGGAGAAAAUAGUCGAGGAGUUAUUCAGUAUGGAAGACUUGGAUAUGAACGGUGCCGAGUUACUACCGAAGGGAUUGGAAAGUCUAGAAUCUACUCUGGUCUCCUCUUACAAAUGUUACGAAAAAGCAUUGUCGCUAGAACCGAUAGAUAUGGACAGAAAUAAUUUGCUAAGGCGAUUAGGAAACAUUCAUAACGAAUUGGGUGUUCUUUACAUGAACCAAGCGGGAUCUCGAUACCAGCAAGAAAAUCAGACUGAGGAAUCAUUAAAUUCCGCGGACGUAACGGCACUUCUAACAUGUUCCUUGACUCACUUGGAGUCCGGCGUUAAAGCCUUCGAAACCGUCCAUGACGAAGCGAAUCUCGCUCUUUUGCAUUCUAAUACCGGCCGACUCAUGCGGCUCUGCGCGCAUAUGCACGGCAAGCAAAAUACGCAGGAGCGUCACUUUUACAAUAAGGCACUCGCGAGCUAUCAGAAGGCUGUGCAAGUUCUAGGCAGUAGGAAAACGAAUCCGUCGAUAUGGGAUACCGUGACGUGGGACCUGUCGACAACGUUGUACACGAUGGCUACGUUAUUGCAAGAUUAUCCCACAGCCGGAUAUAAAACUGAGGUGGAAUUGGAGAGAGAAGUGGUCGAUAUUCUUCAGAAGGCACUCAAGCAUUGCGACGUGGAUACGCCAGGACCACGGCAGCCGGUUUAUCAAUUCCGCGCUGCGAUUAUUCAGCAUCGAUUAGCUUCGUUAUAUCAUCGCGUCUAUCGAGAGUUCGAAUCGGACGCCGAUAGUGGCAAGAAAAAAACGAGUUUGCAGUUGUGCAAAUUAUAUUACGACAAGGCGGCGAAGUUGUUACUCUCGUUAGAACAGAGUAGCGAAUAUUUGACGGUACAAAUGGAAAGAGUCGCUCUGGCGGAAUACCAAGCACGUAAUGGCACAACUUUCAACAGCAAACUGAAAGCGUACCAGAACGGCUUGGAUUUAAUUUUACAAUGUAUACCUAUUAUGGAAAUAUUGUGCGAGCGAAAUAAUGCAGUGAAACAAAAGCUGAAGGAGAUAGCUGAUAAUAAAAUAGAAAAUGACAGCGCAGAACGCGAGAAAGCGGCUGAGGAACAAAAGUUGAUGGACGAUGAGGAGAAUCUCGUUAUUUUGCUUGAACAGAGACUGCAGUUUCUUCUGCGAUCAGUGACUAAACUGUUUCUCAGUAAAAGUCCCAGCCACAAUAAAAAAGAACACGAGACACUCGCUAAUCUAUACAAACAGUGUUAUGUACGAACGUUGCGACCGGAUACGAUGUCUGGAUCUACCUUAAUAAAACACGUAACGGAGCUUUUACAAGAAUUGGACUGUACGUUGAAGCAAGUGGAAUCUUAAUCGACGUGUAAAUAAAUUUUAUAUAUAUAUAUAAAAUUUAUACAUACAUACAUACAGUUUAUGCAUAUAUAUAAUAUAUUUUAUAUAUAUAUAAUAUAUUUUAUAUAUAUAUAUAUAUAUAUAUAUAUAUAUAUGCAGUGGCGUACAAAAUGUCACUGGAAACUUUUACACGCCACUGUAUAUAUAAACUGUGUGUGUGUGUGAGAGAGUGUGUGUGAGUGUGGAUAUUGAUGAAUGAUAUUAAUGUUGAAUUUUUCGUAACUAUGCAGUAUGUAUAAAAGAGAAAGUGCUGGUGUUUGUAUUACCGAUCUAACAGUGAAAAUAUAUAGAACAAGAACUCUAAUUCGUCAGUGCAGCUUUUUUAUUCUAACGUGUGUAAAUAUAAAAUAUAUAUUUUUAAACUAAGAAUAAAGAAUGCGGAAAUUUA